GUAAAGGUGUUCGCCAGUUGCUAGCGGGCAUCUCUGCAGUGCGUUUGUAUAUCACAGUUCGUGUGUCGCUCACGGACGCCGCUGUGUCAUAAGAGUAGUUUGAUAGUGCUGAAGAGAUAUGCGGUCUUAGCUUCGCUAUCUGCGUCACAAGUUGGUUUUCUUUUUGCUGUUAAGGGUCUGUUCACAGAAUAUUUAUGAACACACUGAAAUAAUCAAAUCCUUCAUGUUCUGUUGACUAGAGCAUAAAUUGAUCUUGUUUGUUUUCUAACGUAAUUCUACCGCUAAUAUUUUGUGUCCACGUGUGUAGAGGACAAGACGUGUUUAACCAGAACAUAGGAUAAGUGAUAUAAAUUUGUUGUGAAUUUUUGGUGUGAUGGUGACGUCUCAGUGUUGGUGAUGGUGUCUUGACGUUGUCGUGCUGAUGGUGAUAGGGGUUUCUAGCAGCGGUGAGAAGGAUCAUGGUGUUGGAUUUAGUGGUUGCUGCUCCUUGUAGCACCACGUGCGGUUGAAGUGCUGGAUGCGCCUCACUGUGUACACGUUACCUCAGCUUGCCGUCUCAGCGAAGUUGUUGUGUCUCCUGAUGGUGGUGAUCUGCGGAGCGGUGCCUUCCAUGGUGCGAUCCGUGCGCCUUUACAAUGACUGCAGCAGCAGCGACGUGCGUGUGGACAUGGAGGGGCGCGUCCUCGCAGACGACGACAAAUCCGACAGAUUCCAAAAUCUCACCAUAAAGUCUCUGGACUUCAGUGUCAAAUUGACAGUAUACGCAGAGGAAUCGCGAAGGUACCUGUGCUUCAACAAAAAAUGGAAACUUAUUGGAUCGAAGAAGUUCAGAGGCGCGAUGUGUCAGUUCUACGAGGACAUGAAAAACGGGUACAACAGAUACCGGUCGGUGGCGAACGAGUCUCACUUCGUGGGCUUCAACCGCCACGGGAAGCCCCUGAGGAGCAACCUGGCGCGACAGAACGGAAGCCGCAAGGAGAAGUGCCUCAACUUCCUCAAGUUCGACACCGAAUUCAGCAUCAACCAUCACAAUCAGAAACUUGCCGGAGGGAACCAUUCCGCCGAGGUGCCGGUCCACGCACAGCAGCAGCUGCUGAAGAAUAAGCGAAACAAACAAUCUCGCAAGAACGUGCCCCCCAGGCUCCGACACAAGAAUCACCACCGGAACAACAAUAAACUUUCUUGACUUGAAAGCGAAUAGUGUGUGAGACAUUUGCAUCCAUGGUGGGAGGGAGGGGCAGAUUGUGUUUGUUCCGAAAAGAGUGAGUGACCCUCCUGCCCGCAUCACCGAAGAUGCCACGUACACAAACGGCAUCCCGGAUAGAGUCGGCAGAAGGAAGGCUCUGCACUACACACGUCCUGUUGUUUGAGCUGGCGCCGUGUUACUGCGAGUACCGAUGUUGUUGACCUGAGUGCGUUAUCGAGAGAGCUUUAAACAGAGAGAUAAAUCGUCAAAUGGAAGGAAGUAAAUUCACUGUCUCUCUUCCCAACGCAUUUGUAAUGUAUAUAUAAGAAAGAGUAUUUUAAAUGUUGACUGUUUGUCGUCUCUAAUCAUUAAUGUUUAACUAUAUUAACAAUCCAGGCCCACGUACACAACACUCAUUUCAUAAAUGGACUCCACGUCCACAUAGCGAAGAAGUCGGUAUUCGCCUGGAGCUGUGGGUUCAGCACAGUAGUAUGUACAUAAUGCACUUUGCGGAUGCAAAUUGUUACCGCCUAUUUUUAAAAUAACAACUGGCAGAUCAUUUCGACAUUCCUCCAGAGACUACUCUUUGUGUUUUAGCGUCACCCCUGCGUCACCUCUUGCCUUCACACAGGGCGAUUGUCAUACAGCUCGCAAGGGAGAAAUUCGGUGCA